UCUCUCUCUCUCUCGCGACAAUGGCAACAACCGCGGCGCAAACGGUCUCAGACGCAAAGCGGAACCCCUUGUCGGCGACGGCCGUCGAAACCGCCGGCGAGGGCGCCUUGCCGUCGACAUUUCGCCUCCUCUCCUCCUAUCUCGGCGUCAGCUUCGCGGUCUUCUUGGGGUUCCUCCCGAGGGCGUCCCUCUCGUACCUUCCUUCUCUCCAGUCUCGCAACCGGAUCCUCGCCCUGAAGCUCUUCCAGGCGGAGGACCAGCUCCGCCAGCUCCGCUCGCGCCGCCGUGAGGACGCCAAGGCCAACGCCCGGGUCGCCGAGAUCUUCGCCGGUCACCGCCACGCCUGGCACCAGGAGGAGCGCCGCCUCGUCCACCAGCUCUCCGCCGCCGACAACGACAUCGCCACACUCAAAGCUCGCAUCGCCGACCUCGAGAAAACCGAAGCCGACCUCAGAUCCUUCGUUAAAAAGCUUGAGAAAGAGGUGAGCGAGAGGGACGAGAUGUUGGAUUUCAUGGCGAGGAAGGCCGAAGGAGGAGGGAACUUCACGGAGAAGGAGAAGGAUUUGAGUUUGGAGGAGGAGGAAUUGUGCGCGGAUUUCUCGGCGAUGGGGGGAAAGUUUAGGUUUUCGGAGGAGGGUUUGGAUCCGGUGGUGCCGGAUGGUUCUUUCUCGGAGAGGAACUCAGAGUUGGAUGAGAUGGUGGCGCUCUAUGCGCGGCAGAACGGUUUGGGCCGGGAUUUCUUUCCUCCACCGGCGGCGGCGCCGGCUUGGAAGCCGUGGACGGAUAGAUCGGCCGGAUGGGAGAAUGAUUGCCUUGAUUCCAUGUACCAUAUGAAGCCUUUUGUACCAAGGAGGGAGUCCCCUUGGAAAGUAGAUGGUGAAUCAGCAGGAGUUUCCUCUAAGCUUAAAUUACUGGAACAAGAACUAAUCAAUUUGGAGAAAGUCGGGAAGGGUGAUUUGUCCACGAUCUCAUCAUUGAUGAGGAAGCAGGCAAAGAGAUACCAAUCUCUUGCUGGUAAAAUUGAUGAUUUAUGCAGGAGAAUGCAAGUUAGUGACCCUUGCGAUCCAAAUCUCAGCCCAGAGUUCCGAACACAAAGACAGACUGAAUUUUUGCUAGAGGCAUUCCAUCUUCAAAAUCGGGCUACAGAAAUAAGACACAAGCUGAGCACACUGCAAACUGAGACAACCAAAAGCAAUUUCGGAGAUGAGCUAACAGCACAGGCCAAGUUGAGCACAAGAAGAUCAUUGGAUUUAGUUAGAAACAACUUUAAGGAAAUACAAAGGAAUUUGGAGAUUUGGUUAGCCCGAAUUAUGGGUGAUUUGGAGGGCAUUUUGGCCAGGGACAGUGCAUCACGUGUAAGGGAUUACCAUGUAUCUCCAUACCCUUUUGUCCGAUGAUAUCCCAAUUAUUACUAUCUUCUUGUUGGUUCUACUUGCUCGAUCUUAUGUAGUGUCCUGUAUGUACUUCGCAUGUGCAGGCUAACGGAAAAAUUGAGGAACAUUUGAACAGGGGCACAGAUUGCUGAAUAAGCCAACGAUAGGUGAAGAAUAAGGGAAGUCAGGGAACUGGAAUCAGGCAGUGCUGUCAUUGUAAAGGCAUGCCUUGGAUGUAAAGUAUUUAUGCAAGGCUUGCCAUCUUUUAGGUUUUAUGGCCUUUAUAGCUCGAGGCUUGUGUCCUACAUUCACCUGCCUCUGCAAAUCACCACCCUAUUCUAUUUUUGCACUGAUCUGCAUUGAAGGUUGUCUCCCAUAUGCUGUACCCAUCGACAUAGAAGAUACACUGGCAGUUGUCUCAAGAAGUGAAUGAAGAAAUUCGGCUGUGACUAGCUGUGACGGCUAAUCGUCCAAUCAGGGAAAUGUGCUGAAGAAACCCAAGGGGACAGGAUUGAAGGAAUGAAGAAAUCGAGGAUCAAGGAAUGGGGCAGAAGAGCUGGUUCAAUCUCUGUCCUGCGAACCAAUCCAUACAGCACAGGUUUGCCACGAAAUCUGGGACUGUAGCACAGAGCAUGAUGUUGGAUUAUGACACCAAAGAACAAUUGCCAUUAGUAAUAUUAUCAAUUGGCUAUAGCAUCCAGUGCCUAACAUGAUUGCCUAUUAUGGAUUGUAUGAUUGCUUAUUAUCUGAACCUUUUUGGGGAAGCAUCAAUGAACUUAGGUGUAUAAUUCGUGCCA